UCUCACGUAGGCUAUAUGAGUUCCACGCCCCGUUCCUCCCCUUCAGUUGUCCUUCGGAGGGUGAUCGAGGUGGUGCGUAGUCGCGGUUCCUGUUGGGCGUUUUGGGGAAAGUUCCAGGGCUGUUCUGCGUACUGUGUGUCUGACCUCGACCGUUUGCCUCCAAGCGCCACCCGCACCACCACCAUGCCUGGCCACAUCGUCAAGAGCACCGGCCCGGACCCCGACCCCACCGAGUACCUGUACGUGUCCCUGGAACAGAAGCGCAUCGACCAGACCAAGCCCUACGAUGCCAAGAAGGCCUGCUGGGUCCCCUGCGAGAAGGAGGGCUACGUCCUCGGCGAGAUCCAGGGCACCAAGGGCGAUCUGGUGACCGUCCUGGUGCCCGGCGGUGACACCAAGAACUUCAAGAAGGAUCUGGUGCUGCAGGUCAACCCUCCCAAGUUCGAGAAAUGCGAGGAUAUGUCCAACUUGACCUAUCUCAACGAUGCCUCCGUCCUGUACAACCUCAAGCAGCGUUACAUCACCAAGCUCAUCUACACCUACUCCGGCCUCUUCUGCGUCGCCAUUAACCCCUACAAGCGCUACCCGAUCUACACCAACCGCUGCGUCAAAAUCUACCAGGGAAAGAGGCGUAACGAAGUCCCCCCUCACAUCUUUGCCAUUUCCGACGGCGCCUACAUGGACAUGUUGCAGAACCACGAGAACCAGUCUAUGCUUAUCACAGGAGAAUCUGGUGCAGGCAAGACUGAAAAUACAAAGAAGGUCAUUGCUUACUUCGCCAAUGUCGGCGCUUCCACUAAGAAGCCCAAAGAAGGCGAGAAGAAGCAGAACCUUGAGGAUCAGAUCGUGCAGACCAACCCUGUCCUGGAAGCUUUCGGUAACGCCAAGACCGUGCGAAAUGACAACUCCUCUCGCUUCGGUAAAUUCAUCCGCAUUCACUUCGGUCCGUCUGGCAAGCUGUCUGGGGCUGAUAUCGAGACCUACCUGCUGGAGAAGGCUCGUGUCAUCUCUCAACAGUCUCUGGAAAGGUCUUACCAUAUCUUCUAUCAAAUCAUGUCCGACUAUGUGAAGAAUCUGAAACCAAUGUGUUUCUUGUCGAAUGACAUCCACGACUAUUACUUUGUCAGUCAGGGUAAAGUAACAGUAGCGUCCAUUGACGACAAUGAGGAAAUGCAAUUCACGGAUACGGCCUUCGACGUGCUGGGCUUCUCGCAGGAGGAUAAGGACAACGUGUACAAGGUGACAGCUACCGUCAUGCACUUCGGCAACCUCAAGUUCAAGCAGAGGGGUCGCGAGGAGCAGGCAGAACCCGACGGCACUGAGACCGGCGACAUCUGCGGCAAGCUCCUGGGCAGUGACGGCGCCGAGCUGUACAAGAACCUGACGAAGCCCAAGAUCAAGGUCGGCAACGAGUUCGUGACGCAGGGCAGGAACAAGGACCAGGUGUACUACUCCGUGGGCGCCCUGGCCAAGGCCCUGUUCGACCGCAUGUUCAAGUGGCUCGUCAGGAAGUGCAACGUCACCCUCGAGACAGGCCAGAAGCGAGUCAUGUUCAUCGGUGUGCUCGACAUUGCCGGCUUCGAAAUCUUCGACUUCAACAGUUUUGAACAGCUGUGUAUCAAUUUUACAAACGAGAAACUACAACAAUUCUUCAACCACCAUAUGUUUGUCCUGGAACAAGAGGAAUACAAACGGGAGGGAAUUGAAUGGACCUUCAUUGACUUUGGUCUUGACCUCCAGGCUUGUAUUGACCUCAUUGAAAAGCCUCUAGGUAUCCUCUCCAUCCUUGAAGAGGAGUCUAUGUUCCCUAAGGCUACCGACAAGUCCUUCGAGGAGAAGCUGAAGACUAACCACCUUGGUAAGUCUCCCAACUUCAUCAAGCCGAAGCCUCCCAAGCCGGGCCAAGCCGAGGCCCACUUCGCCAUCGUCCACUACGCCGGCACUGUGCCCUACAACCUCGCCGGCUGGCUUGAGAAGAACAAGGACCCGCUCAACGACACCGUGGUCGACCAGAUCAAGAAGUCGAGCAACCAGCUGGCCGUCGAGAUCUUCGCCGACCACCCCGGGCAGUCGGGAGCAGCCGAUACCGGUGGCAAGGGCGGCAAGCGCGCGAAGGGCUCAGGCUUCCAGACUGUGUCCGGCAUGUACAAGGAGCAACUCAAUAAGCUGAUGACCACCCUGAUGAGUACUUGUCCCCAUUUCAUCCGAUGCAUCAUUCCAAAUGAAUUCAAGCAGACUGGUGUCAUCGACGCCGCCCUCGUGAUGCAUCAGCUGACCUGUAACGGCGUACUCGAGGGCAUUCGUAUCUGUCGCAAGGGCUUCCCCAACAGGAUGAUCUACCCUGACUUUAAGCACCGAUAUCAGAUAUUGGCCUCGAAGCCAGCUGCAGCGGCCGAGGAUGACAAGAAAGCGUGUGGAAUCAUUCUCGAGAUUGUGGAGCUCGAGUCGGAGAAAUACAGGCUAGGUCACACCAAGGUGUUCUUCCGCGCCGGCGUGCUCGGCCAGCUCGAGGAGAUUCGCGACGACCGCCUCGCGAAGAUCAUCUCGUGGCUGCAGUCCUGGAUCCGAGGCUACACCAGCCGCAAGGCCUACAAGAAGCUCCAGGAGCAGCGCGUCGCCCUCAUCGUCGUGCAGCGCAACCUGAGGAAGUACCUGCAGCUGCGCACCUGGGCCUGGUACCGCCUCUGGCAGAAGGUCAAGCCCCUGCUCAACGUCACCCGCAUCGAAGACGAGAUCCGCGCCCUCGAGGAGAAGGCCGCCAAGGCUGAGGAGAACUAUGAGCGCGAGUCUAAGCUCCGUAAGGAACUCGAGGCCGCAAACCUUGCCCUGCUCGAGGAGAAGAACAACCUCAUGGUCGCCCUCGAAUCGACCAAGGGCAACGUGUCAGAGUACCUCGACAAGCAGGCCAAACUCCAGAGUCAGAAAGCCGACCUCGAGGCGCAGCUCAACGAAACCACCGAGCGCCUACAGCAGGAGGAGGAGGCCCGCAACCAGCUGUUCCAGGGCAAGAAGAAGAUCGAGCAAGAGAUCUCCGGCUUGAAGAAGGACAUCGAGGACUUGGAACUCACAGUGCAGAAGGCCGAGCAGGACAAGGCCACCAAGGACCACCAGAUCCGCAACCUCAACGAUGAGAUCGCCCACCAAGACGAGCUCAUCAACAAGAUCAACAAGGAGAAGAAGCACUUGCAGGAAUGCAACCAGAAGACCGCAGAGGAUCUGCAGGGCAUCGAGGACAAGUGCAACCAUCUCAACAAAGUUAAGGCCAAGCUUGAACAGACCCUCGAUGAGCUUGAGGAUUCUCUUGAGAGGGAGAAGAAGCUGCGAGGCGAGGUUGACAAGGCCAAGAGGAAGGUUGAGGGCGACCUCAAGUUGACACAGGAAGCCGUUGCCGACUUGGAGCGCAACAAGAAGGAGCUCGAGCAGACCAUCCAGCGCAAGGACAAGGAAGUGUCGUCCCUUGCAUGCAAGCUGGAAGACGAGCAGGGCCUCGUCUCGAAGCUCCAGAAGCAAAUCAAGGAGCUGCAGGCUCGCAUUGAGGAGCUCGAGGAGGAACUGGAGCACGAGCGCCGGCCGCGCGAGUCGGAUGACGACGAGGCCGGCGGCGCCACCGCUGCGCAGAUCGAGCUCAACAAGAAGCGCGAGGCCGAGCUGGCCAAGAUCCGCCGAGACCUCGAGGAGUCCAACAUCCAGCACGAGGCCGCCCUCGCCAGCCUCCGCAAGAAGCACAAUGACGCCGUCGCCGAGAUGUCCGAGCAGAUCGACCACCUCAACAAGAUGAAGGCCAGGCUUGAGAAGGAAAAAGCAAAAUUGAAUGGUCAAGUCGACGAUUUGAAGUUUGCUACAGAUCAAAUGGCUACCGAUAAGGCCGCUGCCGAGAAGAUGAACAAGCAGCUUCAGCACCAGAUUAACGAGAUCCAGUCCAAGCUCGACGAAGCCAACCGCACCCUCAAUGACUUCGACGCCACCAAGAAGAAGCUCGCCGUGGAGAACGCCGACCUUCUGCGCCAGGUGGAGGAAGCGGAGAGCCAGAUCGGCCAGCUGUCGAAGCUGAAGCUGUCUCUCACCAACCAGCUCGAGGACACCAGGAAGCUCGCCGACGAUGAGUGCAGGGAACGUGCAACUCUUCUCGGUAAGUUCCGCAACUUGGAGCACGACAUCGACGGCCUCCGCGAGCAGCUGGACGAGGAGGGCGAGGCGAAGGCCGACCUGCAGCGCCAGCUCUCCAAAGCCAACGCUGAGGCCCAGAUGUGGCGUGCUAAGUACGAGUCCGAGGGCGUCGCGCGCGCCGAGGAGCUCGAGGCAGCGCGCCUGAAGCUCGCCGCCCGCCUCGAGGAAGCCGAACAGCAGAUCGAACAGUUGAACAUCAAGAACAUGAACCUUGAGAAGACGAAGCAGCGCAUCGCCACCGAGCUCGAGGACAUGCAGAUCGAGGUAGAGCGAGCCACGGCGCUGGCCAACGCCGCCGAAAAGAAGCAGAAGAACUUCGACAAGAUCAUCUCCGAAUGGAAGAUGAAGGUCGACGAUCUCUCGGCUGAACUCGACGCCUCGCAGAAGGAAUGCCGCAACUACUCGACCGAGCUCUUCCGCAUCAAGGCCGCCUACGAGGAGAACCUGGAGCAACUCGACUCCGUGCGCCGCGAGAACAAGAACCUCGCCGACGAGAUCAAGGACCUGAUGGACCAGAUCGGCGAGGGCGGACGAUCCCUCCACGAGAUCCAGAAGAACGCCAGGCGCCUCGAGAUCGAGAAGGAGGAACUGCAGGCCGCCCUCGAGGAAGCCGAGGCUGCCCUUGAGCAGGAGGAGAACAAGGUGCUCCGCGCCCAGCUUGAGCUCAGCCAGGUCAGGCAGGAGAUUGACAGGCGCAUCCAGGAGAAGGAGGAGGAGUUUGAGAACACCCGUAAAUGCCACCAGCGCGCCAUUGACUCCAUGCAAGCUUCUCUGGAGGCUGAAGCAAAGGGCAAAGCUGAAGCUCUCCGCAUGAAGAAGAAGCUCGAGUCUGACAUCAACGAGCUUGAGAUCGCCCUCGACCACUCCAACAAGGCCAACGCCGACCUCCAGAAGCACAUCAAGAAGAUCCAGGGAGAGAUGAAGGAGCUCCAGGCCCGCGUCGAGGAGGAGCAGCGCCUCGCGUCGGAGUACCGGGAACAGUACGGCAUCGCGGAGCGCCGAGCCAACGCCCUGCACGGCGAGCUGGAGGAGUCCCGCACGCUCCUGGAGCAGUCCGACACGACCACAUCAAUGACAUCACUGCGCAGAACGGCUCCCUCACCGUCGCCAAGAGGAAGCUCGAGGGCGAAAUGCAGACCCUGCAUGCCGAUCUUGACGAGAUGUUGAACGAGGCCAAGAACUCCGAGGAGAAGGCCAAGAAGGCCAUGGUCGACGCCGCUCGCCUCGCCGACGAGCUCCGCGCCGAGCAGGAGCACGCCCAGACCCAGGAGAAGAUGCGCAAGGCCCUCGAAGUGUCCGUGAAGGAGCUCCAGGUCCGCCUGGAGGAGGUCGAGACCAACGCCCUGAAGACCGGCAAGAAGGCCGUGGCUAAGUUGGAGAGCCGCGUCAGGGAGCUGGAGAACCAGCUGGACGACGAGAGCCGCCGCCACGCCGACGCCCAGAAGAACCUGAGGAAGUGCGAGAGGCGCAUCAAGGAGCUCAGCUUCCAGUCCGACGAGGACAAGAAGAACCACGAGCGGAUGCAGGACCUGGUCGACAAGCUGCAGCAGAAGAUCAAGACGUACAAGCGGCAGAUCGAGGAGGCCGAGGAGAUCGCCGCCCUCAACCUGGCCAAGUUCCGCAAGGCCCAGCAGGAGCUGGAGGAGGCCGAGGAGCGCGUCGAGAACGCCGAGCAGGCUGCCAACAAGGCUAAGGUGAAGGGCCGCGCCAGUUCGCUGGCUCGGAUGUCCCCGCAGCCCACGGCCCAGCUGUUGCAGAGGAUGAUGCAGUAGACGACCCGUGUCCGGCCAGGUGUGACAUUCCCGGAGAAAGUGACACCAUUUUGGACAUCUCGACCGACUGUCCCUCGAUACUUCCCAUCAAACUUCCGUGGUUUUUAAUAACAAAUGAGUUAUUCAUCAUUGUUGUUUUAUCACUUUGAAUCGAGAAAUCCUUUGUUUUUCUCUUCUGUUGUGUCCUUGUAAGUUAAACUCAUCACCAGCGUAGUAUCACAAGGAGACGCGGCCGGUUGAAGGUGUGAGUGAGCUCGCAACGUGUUACCUUUCUCUCUUCCUCCCGCAAGCUGCCAUCUUUGCCCGAGUCGGAGAGUCUUAACGAGUCAGACACACACAAACAAGCAGUUAACAACCGAACAGCCCGGGUAAUAAUCGUUACUUGUCACUCUCUCUUUAACCGCCCUUGCGAGAUCGUUACCAGCCGUUAUCAGUUUUGAAUUAUUUUUUUGAAUAUAUGAUUUUUUUUUCAUGUGUUCAUAUAUUCCUUUAUUUCUUAUUCCAAACCCCAAGAAACACCAGACAGAAUGAACUUUCAAUCCUAAGAGUGUAAAUCUUGUUCUUUUUCCUUCACUGUGAGGCCGUGGGGUGACAUUAAUCUCCUUCUAUUCCCUCUCCUUUAGUGUUGACCGUCGCCAUUUUAGUGAACAGGGAAAGAGAGUUCAACGCGUGUAUUUAUUUUCUAGUUUAGAUCAUACUGGAUAAAAAAAAAAUCAACCCUUUAUAACAAUGAAAAAAAUAACUUGAUUCCUUGUGUACUACAACUGUUUUAAAAUGUAUGUAUGGAUCUGUACAAGAAUGCGUUAAAUAAAUAUAUGGCUGGGAAAA